AUGAAGUACAAUCCAAGGGUUUCCUCCUCUCGCCACAAGAGCCGAAAGGCUCACUUCACCGCUCCUUCCAGCGUUCGCCACGUGUUGAUGAGCGCUCCAUUGUCGACCGAUCUUAGGCAGAAGUACAACGUCCGCUCGAUGCCGGUGCGCAAGGACGACAAGGGCCGUGAGGGAAAGGUCGUCCAAGUCUACCGUAAGAAAUGGGUGAUCCACAUCGAACGCAUCACUCGAGAGAAGGUUAAUGGCUCCACUGUGAACGUUGGCAUCCACCCUUCCAACGUGGUCAUCACAAAGCUCCACCUCGACAAGGACUGUAUGUCACUUCUCGAUCGCAAGGCCAAGGGAUGCGCCGCUGCUGAUAAGGAUAAGGGAACCAAGUUUACCGCUGAGGAUAUCAUGCAAAAUGUCGAUUGA